AUAACGUUUCCCGCGCAUUUAUUAUUUCUUUGUUGUCGUGUUCCAUUUUCCACAUGAACUGAUGCACCAAGAUGUUAGCAUGUUCUCAGUUCUGUGAUGUUAGAUGAAGAAUGAUCUUAGUUCAUGCCGUAUAAUGGUUUAAUAAACAUAAAUAGCCUAUUUAUUCUUUAAURUCUAUGGGACUAUCGAAUAUUUCGAAUAUUUCGAUAGUUCGAUACUACCCAUCAAUUAUAGUCGUAUCGGACCGAAAGAAAAGUUUCAUUAAAAACAAUAAAAACCUCCAAAAGACCUAAAGAUCGGUAAUUGAAUUGACUGAAUAUUUUAAGUACAUUAUUCGGUCGUGAUCCAGUCACUCGACAGAUUCGUUCAUUUUUAAUCUAUCAGUCACGACCAUCACAACUCUUACCUCUYUUGGAAGUCAUUAUUAAUUAAAAGAUGGUUAACUCACCAUCAGAAGACAGUUCAACUCCUUGCACUCGCCAAAGACUGAAAAAUGCAAAAAAUACACAUAAUGUAAGUAGUUCUAGAAAAAUUCUGCGCUGGACUGAGCGCCACGAUAAUGAUGUUCAAAAUUUUUUUGAAGAAGCUAUGAAUGUUAGUCCCUCUGACAGUGACUUGACUGACUUUGAAGAUGAAAUAUUAAACAAACCAAAAACACGUUCACGUACAGUUUCUGAAUCAUCUUCUAAGAAAUCUAUUGACAUGACUUAUACAUCGGAAUCUAAACGCACAAGACAAUCGGUUGAUGAAAAUAUAAUUACUCCUAAAAGUAAUAAAAAAGGUAGAAAAAUAUCAAUAGUUGAUGAAGAUGAAGAUUUUUACAAUAAUGUUAGGAAUACUCCAAUUAAAAAACAUUUAAGACAAUCUGUCACUUCUCGUUCUGGGUCAAAAGUGCGUCGAAGUAUCCUACGAGAUAUACCAGAAAAUAAAGAAAUUGAGAUUUCUACRCCAAAAACACCAAGAAAAACUCCCAAAACACACGUUAGAAACUUAACAGCUUCAGCUAGUAAAAGAUUGGAUAGUGGAGCAAAGGUUCCAUGUAGUCCUUUAGAAAAAGCAAGAGCAAAUUUACAUUUACAUGCUGCUCCUAAACAUUUACCAUGUCGUGAAGUUGAAUAUAAAUCUAUACAUUCUUUUUUAGUUAGAAAAAUUAAUGAAGAGUUAACAGGAAGUAUGUAUAUCAGUGGUGUUCCUGGUACUGGAAAAACGGCUACAGUUAAAAGAGUAAUAGAUUCACUAAAUGCUGAUUUAUUAAUGAAACACAGUUUUAAAUUUGUUGAAAUAAAUGGCUUAAGGCUUGCCAAUCCACAUCAAGCAUUUUCAGUUAUAUGGAAAGAGUUAACUAAAGAAACAGUAUCAUCUUCCCGAGCUCAAACACUUCUUAAUGACCAUUUUUCUAACAAAAAAGUUAAAGAGUUAUCUACAAUUUUAUUAGUUGAUGAAGUGGACCAUAUUUGUAAUCGUAAACAAGAUGUUGUGUAUAAUAUACUUGAUUGGCCUAGUCAAAUUGGUUCAAAAGUGGUUGUAAUAACAAUUGCUAAUACUAUGGAUUUGCCCGAACGAGUAUUACGAGGAUGUGUAACUAGUAGAAUGGGAUUGACCAGAUUAGUAUUCAAGCCAUACACAUUCCAGCAGUUACAAGAAAUAAUCAUGAAUAGAUUGAUCGGUAAUUCUUCAUUUGAUCCAGACGCAGUUCAAUUGGUAGCAAGAAAAGUAGCAGCGAUAUCAGGCGAUGCAAGGCGGGCUCUGGACAUAUGUCGUCGUGCUAUUGAUUUAGUCAAGUCUGAAGAUGAUUCACAAUUAAUAACCAUGGACCAUGUUACUCAAGUGUUAAAUGCAAUACUUUCUGGUGUUCGUGUAACAGCUAUCAGGCACUGUUGUCUCUUUGAAAAAUUUUUUCUCAGGGCUCUUGGGAAUGUUACAUCUAGUACAGGUAUUGAACAUAGUACUAUUGACUCGGUUUAUACACAACUGAAAAGCAUUUGCUUGCUUGAAGGUGAAGAUUUGCCAAAUGAGCAACAAGUGCUUAUGAUAGCAUACCAAUUAAGAGACAGUGGCCUUAUAUUUUUGGAGAAGAAACGUUGGGACAUAUUCCGUAGAGUGUCACUCAACGUCAGUCCUGAAGAUAUAAAUUACGCUUUAGAUAAAUAUAACGAUUAGAUUAGUUUAUAGUUAUAAUCCUGUUUUCAUUCCGCUAUUUAUUUUUCUUAUUGUGACUUAUAUACUUGGUAUAUCUAUUUUWAUUUUWAUUWAUUUAUUUGAAUAUUUUGUUCAUUUUUAUUUAUUUGAGUUAUCAUAAUGAGUUUUUUUAAAUGUUCAAACAAUCUGUUUGUACUUUUU